UUGCUAAUAUCUUUUAAAGAUUUAUCAACUAAUCUACCCAAUUUAUAUAGUAACAUGUGUCAUUCAUAAUUUAUUUUUCAAUAUUUUAAUUUUUAUAUUAAUUUAUAAAUGUGUACUAUUUUUAAACAUGUCGUAUUAUAAAUCAAAUAAACAUCUAUCGCAAUCUACGGUAUCGGAUAUUAACCGGUUCGGUUCCGAUGAUACAUUCGUAGUUGACCUGGAAUGCAAAGUUGAUAGCUUAAAAAAUAUUAGUACGAAUAUGCACAAUGAACUCAAAAAAUCCAAGGCUCACUUAUCUUCUGUGUCAAAAGUGUUCAAUUCUGCUUCCCUAUCGCUCAACACUACUCUGAUAAAUAUGAAUAAAAUAGCCCGAGGAUACGGGUUAAAACUCCCGCUUUGGGCUCUUGCCUUAAUUGUGGCAUUUAUUCUCCUUUUCUUGUUUAUCCUGUUCAGGAGACUUUUAAGCAGAUAAUAAUCUAUUAUGGAGUUUA